CUCUCUAACCCACAGCCACAGCCAGAGAUCUUGACUACAGUUGGUCAAGAUGAAGCUGAACAUCUCCUUCCCCGCGAAUGGCUCGCAAAAGCUCAUCGAAGUCGACGAUGAGCGCAAGCUUCGCGUCUUCAUGGAACGCCGAAUGGGUGCCGAAGUCCCAGCCGACAGCCUGGGCGACGAAUUCAAGGGCUACAUCUUCAAGAUCACCGGCGGCAACGACAAGCAAGGUUUCCCGAUGAAGCAGGGUGUCAUGCACCCGACUCGUGUCCGAUUGCUCCUCUCCGAUGGCCAUUCCUGCUACCGCCCGCGUCGUACUGGUGAGCGUAAGAGGAAGAGUGUCCGUGGCUGCAUCGUGGCUCAGGAUUUGGCUGUCCUCGCUCUCUCCAUUGUCAAGCAGGGCGAGAACGAUCUUCCCGGCCUCACCGAUACCGUCCACCCGAAGCGAUUGGGCCCCAAGCGCGCGACCAAGAUCCGACGAUUCUUCGGCCUCACCAAGGAGGAUGAUGUAUGCGAAAUAACCACUGUUGAUCCACCAUUGUAUCAAAGCUGAUGGUUUCCCCCUAGGUCCGCAAGUUUGUCAUUCGCCGCGAAGUUCAGCCCAAGGGCGAAGGGAAGCAACCCUACACCAAGGCUCCCAAGAUCCAGCGUCUUGUGACCCCUCAGCGUCUCCAGCACAAGCGUCACAGGAUCGCACUCAAGCGACG